AUGGCAAGCAUGGGCGUCUCGGCGGCCAGCGCUCUCCUUGCCGCCAUCCUGGCCAUCGCCGCCACGGCGGCGAUUGGGCAGCCCGCGCCACCGCCCACAGCGACAACGACCGCCGCGGAGCUGGAGUCGGCGCGGGCGCUGUGGGCUGCGCAGGGAUCGGCGGAUUACGUGAUGCGCUUCCAGCGCGGUGCCAUGUUUUUUGAGCCAUUCUUUGAGCCCGUCAGGGUCACGGUGAAGGGCGGCGCGGUGGCGGAAGUCGUUCUGGACGGGUCUGGAGCAGCGCCGCAGGGGUCCAACGCGGAGCGCAUCUCCACAGUGGUGGAGGUGUUCGACAUCAUUGAGAGCUCUCUGAAUGACCCCGUCGCGGUUGUGACGGCGACAUACGACUCCGUCCAUGGGGCCCCGACCGAGGUUGUCAUCAGCGCCGACCCCUCCUCCAACAUCCAGGAUUUUGGGUCCAGCUACAACAUCGAGAUCUUGGAAUUUCUGCCCCAAACGCCGACGGGUGGGCCCAGCGCGCAGGCGGAGGAGCUGGCCAACGCGCGGGCGCUGUGGGCUGCACAGGGCUCGACGGAUUACGUCAUGCGCUUUCAGCGCAGUGCCUUGUUUUUUGAGCCAUUUUUUGAGCCGGUGAUCGUCACGGUGGAGGGUGCAGUGGUGACGGAAGUUGUUCUGGAGGGGUCUGGGGCCGCGCCGCAGGGGUCCAACGCGGAUGGCAUCUUGACCGUUGUGGAAGUGUUCGAUGUAAUCGAGAGCUCCUUGAAGGACCCCGUUGCCGUUGUGACGGUGGUCUACGACCCCGCCACAGGGGCGCCCAAUGACGUGGACAUCAGCGCCGACCCCUCCUCCAACAUCCAGGACUUUGGGUCCAACUACAGCACUGAGAUCUUGGAGUUGCUGACCCCAACGAAUUGGACCACAGGAGGAGACGACGAUGGCGAGGAAGGGGGAGAUGAUAAGUAG